AUGGAGUAUUAUCAUGCCUAUAAUAGUAGGGAGAAAGUUUAUGAGACCAUUUAUGGUGACGAUGUGCAGUCAUACUCGCACUUGGUAUGGUAUAUUAAUGCUAUAAAGGAAACUAACCCUAGUAGUGUGAUAGACUUUCAAUUUAACCCUGCAAAGAAAGAGUUCAAACAUAUUUUCAUCUCGUUUGAUGCAUGCAUCAAAGGGUACCGGUUUUGUCGUCCAAUGGUCUAUGUGGAUGCUACUUUCCUUACUGGUAGAUUCAGAGGAUGUUUAAUGGCAGCUACUGGGAUCAAUGGUGAUAAAGCUUCAUUUUCUGCACAAUUUGUAGGAGUUUUUCCCCUUGCUAUGGCACUAUGCGAUUCUGAGACUAUAGACAACUGGGAGUGGUUUUUAAGAAAUUUGCAACAAGUUGUUGGUGACGGGAGGCCAAUCACCUUCCAUUCGGAUCGCCAUGAUGGACUCUUGCAUGGUGUUCCACUUGUCUAUCCAGACUCAUUCCAUAGCUUCUGUAACUAUCAUUUGAAGAUGAAUCUUCCCAUCAACGGAUCAGAUCCUAGGUACACUCUUGUGCUUGACCUCUUCCAAGAAGCGACGUAUGCACUCACACCAGAAAUCCAUUACAAGGCCAUACAGAAAAUAAGAGAUCUGAAUUGUGAUUGGGUUGCUGAUUACAUAGAAACCAUCCCACCUGAAGCAUAUGCGAAUGCGUUUUUCCAAGGUUGUCGGUAUGCACGUACAUCUAGCCAAAUAGCAGAAUCAUACAAUAGUUGGAUUAAGGUUCACAAGAAGAUGCAUGCAUUUGCUCUUCUUGAUCAGGAUUAA